CCCAACUUUCUGCCUGCGUUGUUUGGGGACACUAUGAAGAUGGCGGCAGCCUCGCUGUAUUGUGUCUGCCAGCAGUCGUAUGAUGUUAGCCGGUUUAUGAUUGAAUGCGACAUUUGUAAGGACUGGUUUCAUGGCAGCUGUGUCCAAGUGGAAGAGCACCAUGCCGUCGACAUCGAUGUUUACCACUGUCCCAACUGUGAUGUCCAACACGGACCCUGCUUGAUGAAAAAGCGUAUCAACUGGCACCGGCACGACUACACAGAGCCUGACGAUGGCAGCAGGCUGGUGCAGGCGGGGACCUCUGUGUUUGUACGAGAGCUGCAGAACAGGCCCUUUCCCAGUGCGGCUGAGAUCCUGGUGCAGAUGCAGGGGCAUCAGGUAACACAGAAGUACCUGGAGAAGCAGGGCUUCAGCUACCCCAUCGCCGUUCCCCAACUAGGCGGACUGGGUCUCAAGCUGCCCCCCUCCAGCUUCUCUGUCAGGGAUGUGGAGGAGUAUGUUGGUGGUGACAAAAUCGUGGAUGUCAUUGAUGUUGCCAGACAGGCAGACAGCAAAAUGAAGCUUCGAGAGUUUGUCAAGUAUUACUACAAACCUCAUCGGCCAAAGGUGCUGAACGUGAUCAGUCUGGAGUUUUCAGACACAAAGAUGGCAGAGCUGGUGGUGGUGCCUGAUAUCGCUCAGAAGAUGUCCUGGGUGGAGAACUACUGGCCAGAGGACUCCUUCUUCCCCAAGCCCUUUGUUCAGAAGUACUGCCUGAUGGGGGUGAAGGACAGCUACACAGACUUCCACAUAGACUUCGGAGGCACAUCUGUGUGGUACCAUGUACUCUGGGGAGAGAAGAUUUUCUACUUGAUCAAACCGACCCAGGAUAAUCUUACACUAUACGAGGUGUGGAGUUCGUCCCCCAACCAGAGCGAGGUGUUCUUCGGGGACAAGGUGGACCAGUGCUACAAGUGUGUGGUGCCGCAGGGAACCACUGUCCUCAUCCCCACAGAACUUCCUCACGUCAUAUGGUCCUCCCCACAUCAUAUGGCAAGUCAAAUAGGAUGGAUCCAUGCUGUUCUCACCUCUCAGGAUUGCAUGGCGUUCGGUGGGAACUUUCUCCACAACCUCAACAUAGGCAUGCAGCUCAGGUGUUAUGAAAUGGAGGGGCGGUUAAAGACUCCGGACCUCUUCAAAUUCCCUUACUUUGAGGCAAUCUGCUGGUACGUGGCCAAUAAUCUACUGGAGACUCUAAAAGAGUUACGAGAGGAUAACUGCCAGCCCCCAGUCUACCUAACAGAUGGAGUGAAAGCCUUGAUUAAUGCACUGAGAAACUGGCUGAAACGAGAGGUCACAGAGCAGGCCAGCGAUGUCCCGGACCAUAUCAGACCCAACCAUCUGAUUAAAGAACUCACAAAGGAAAUCCGCUACCUGGAGGAGGAGGAGGAGCAGAGUGGAGGUAGCAAGCCAGUGAAAUCUCAGGGAUGUGGACCGUGCCCACUGACGCGGUCGACUCUUGACAAGGCUGGACAUCAUGCUCGCAGGACAGCCAGACUGCUACGGCACCACCACCACCAUCACCAUCAUCACCAUGCGCCCAAGACCCCCUCCAACCUGGAGAUCCUGGAGCUGCACACGCGACAAGUGCUCAAGAGGCUGGAGGUGGGAUCCUUUGAGCAGGAUGUUCCAUUCAGCUCCACGGUGAUGGCCAAGUUCAACAAGACGUCCAUGGCGUCUGCUGCAGCGGUGGAGAGGAGCCUGGACAACAACCUCCUUCUGGUGAUGUGCAAUGGCAGGAUUAUUAGAGAUGAGCGUCGUCACACAAGUGUGAAGAGUAGUCCGGUGCGGGACUGUAAAAGGACUGGCGAUCACCAGAGGGAAGGGGUCCUGGUGAAGACCGAGCUCAAUGACAGCAAGCUGGAACAGCACAAAGACCACGAGAGAGAGGAGAAACCCAGCCCCCUCAGCAGUGAGUCUAACUGGUCAAGUCACCAGCUGUCAAUCAACGGUUUAGACUUUUUCGAAAGAGUGAAUUCCGAUCUCAGGAAAGGAGCUGUAGUGUACUCCGACAUUUCAGACUCUGAGUCUGAAGAACGUUGCUCUUUGCAGAAAAAGGACUCCUCGGGGGAAGAUUCGGGGAGCUCCGAGGAGGAAAGGGAGGAUAAGGAGCAUUGCAGGAUGGCGCGAGGCAGUGUGAAGGACCUACACCAGGCCAGCCAGGCCCUUCACCACUUUCACAAACCACUCAAAGGACAACGCCCUACCUCUCCAACCACAGAAGAGGAGGCUAUUGAGGGCAUGCUGUCCAUGGCAGGGCUGCUUUAUCCUCAGCGACCAGAGGAGAGCAGCACUGCCCAGGAGCCCUGGUGGUCCAGCCUGGCUCAUCAGUCCCCCGACAGUGGAAAAGACCCUGCGUCAGGGGAUGAUUCAGACAGCAAUUCCACACUGAUCCUUCAGGAUGAGCGGAGGGCACAGCAGCAUGUGCGUAAGGAGUGUCGAGCCAAGCUUAGCCAGAGGAUCCAGGAGAACAAGAACUUCAUGGCCAAUCAGAGCAGUGGGAGUAACAGUAACAGCAGCGAGGCCUGGGGUGACCAAAGCCCCUCUCAGGCUGCCUCUAGCCCCCUCCGCCUGGACCCCAGCUCAGAGACUGACAACCAGUACAGUGAGACUUCCCUGUCACCCCCCCGGCACCCCUCCAAGAGGCCCGCACCAAACACCCCACCCAUCAGUAAUCAAGCGACUAAAGGAAAACGUCCUAAGAAAGGUAUGGCCACCGCUAAGCAGAGACUAAGGAAGAUUCUCAAGCUGAGCAGGAACAACCACUUCUUGCUAUAGCACCCAAGACCCUGAUGUCUACAGAAUUAACUUUGAGAAGGGACAACUCGCCCCCCCGCCCAUAUACUCUUUCGGUUGUGACUCACAUUUUACAAGAAUCAUUGCUUGGAUGGAUUGACCUGACACAUUAAUGGCCACAUGCUUGAUGUGGAAGUAUUGGAUGUAGGGCUUUCAGAGUUAAUCAGUUAACCUGAGUUAAUUUUAGUGCGCUCAUUUUAUUACAUUUUUUGUGUGAUUAAUCACAUUGUUUGAAAGCGUUCAAAAUAAACUGAAACAUACAAAAUACAUAAUCUAUACAGAUAAAAACAACGCUGCGAUGUCCAAACAAGUUGACAUUUAGGUUAAAGAAAGUGUGCUUUAUCAAUUUACCUGAUUUGGCUAACCGUAACAAAAUCAAGACUUCAAUAUUCUUGUAAUGCUUUUCAUAUAAAAAAAUAUAUAAAAUUACAGCCCAAUUUGAGCAUAUUCUGAAUGUGCGAUUUAAUCAUGAUUAAUCACAGCAAAUCCUGGAAUUAACUCAAUUUAUUUUAUCGUUUGACAGCCCUAAUUGGAUAACAAGAUAAUGGAUUUACAGAAGAAAGCACAGUUUCCCAUGGUGAAGUGAUGGUGCGCUGUAUAAAGAAAAAUGAAACUGCAUGGAUCCUCAGCAAUGACAUUGGAUUGUAUAUGAUCUGGCCAUCAAGAGCUAUACAGUAAAUAUGGCUUUGUUUCAGAAUUGAAGCACCGCAACAACACAGGAUUGUACAAAGACGCAUGGCAUUGGGAAUUUAAAUGACGUUUGAUAGAACAACAUUUGCAUCUGAGCCACGUGCUGUCGUAUCUAUUUUGGCUGUUGCUUUUUACCUUAUGCUUGCACUAGCCCUUCCAACCAACACUACUUAUUAUGCCACAACAAGCAAAUAUUGUUGUUUAAGCCAAGAAUGGCAAGUGAAGAGGCUGCUUUCUGCUACCAGAGUUUAUCACCACUCUUUGGGACAUUGUCAUGUGUUGGUUUGGUCUGACUUAAGAUCAAUAAUGACGCUAUGGUGUUUGAACUCAUUUUAAAUGGUGCUGAAGUGCAUAUUCAUGUUAUCCUUUCGUCUACCCUCUUGUUACAAUCACCAGUGAUUGAAUUUGAGAGGGGGGUAUAUUUUGAUGCAGCACUCCAGGCACUCUCAGCCUCGCAGUAUGUAAAAGCUAUCUUACGCUAAUGCAUUAAGCCAUUCCAAGAAUACCUCUCCCAACGCAUUAAGUUUACUGGUUCUGUUUACUGAAGGGGUUAUGACUCCUCAUUGCUCUAUAGUUGGAUCACUGACCAUAUCAAAUGUGUUCCUUUGGUGCCACCUAUUGGUCAAAGGAGGGCAGGAGCUUGAAAGUGCUGUUAUUAUGAAAGGUUUUUGAAAUUGCAAAAAGAUAUCAAGUAGCAAAUGUACAGAAUGUAUUUACAGAAAAUAUAAGUUAUCGUUAAUUGAUUUAACUUUCUCUUUUGGUGUUUGUUUUAUUGUUUUUCUUUUGCUGGUAUUGAAUUAUGUAUUGUGAAAAAGUUAAUAAUGGCUUUGAUAUGACAAUCCUGUUACAAUUGUUAAUGGAAUGGGUGUGUGAUUAUUUUUUUAUAUUCGCAAACCGGUUGUAUUUGUUGCCUCUAUCACAUUUGUAUUGGGUGGAUUUAAGCAAAAAUCUAACAAGUGGACCUGAAGAUUUUAAAUGUUUGGGAGAUCUUCUAGGUCGGCAAAGAUUAAUAUUAUCAAAGAAUAUUUGUCUUACUCGUUAGUAUGAAUUUGAUUUUUUUUUUUUAUAUAUAUAAAUGUGUCUUAAGUGACACUUUGUACAAUUCUAAAAUGAUCAGUGUAUGUGAGAAAUGUAAUUAUGGCUACUGAUCUAGUUAUUGUUAGUGUAUGUUUAUUUUCCCUAUCACUAUAUCCUUGGCUUGAAAGAUCUCAGUUGGAUUUUGAAUUGGUGGUCUUUUUUUGUUGGUGAUCAUGCCAAAAAUGUGAUUAGUGAGUGAAGUGAGAGAUUGCUCCUGUUGGUGUUUUUCUCAGGGACACAUUCUCUUUCUUAAGAAACGUUUUUUUUGUGUGUUUUUUUCUUUCAUAAGCAACAUGAAAUGACCCAUCAUCGUUGACACUUUCUGAUCAUUGAUUUUAUUUACAUAAAAAAAGGUGCAUUUGUAUUACGAGUGUUACUAGGAAACCCCUUUAGUUGUGACCUUGACUCCUUUUUAUGGAAAUGUAAUUAUGCUGCCUGUCUUCCCAACUUUCAUUGGGAAGUUUGUUCAUACAUGUUGUCAAUCGCCGUCACUUCAAUAAGUGAAUGGUGGACUUCGGUACUAUAUUACAACUGCUCAGGGCUCUUUGGUGGUGACUGUUUCUAGACUAAGAACUUUGAAAUAUUUAUUUUGUGGACAUUGUGCUACAGAGAAUGGUUGCACCAAAAGAAGCAACCUCUUGAAUACAAAUCCUAUUUCUGCAUUUAGCAAAGAGCAUGCCAACAGAGGUAACCCCAAGUGAAGUUGAGCCAUCUACUAAAUCCUCACCAUUCUUACAUGCAAUCUGCCAAGGCAUAUUGCACUAACUUUCAGAUUUAAGCAUAUCAAAUAGCUUUAGAUGCCCCCAUUCAAGUAUUUGUGACAACUGAGUUCCCAUCAUGAAUUGACUUUUAAUCCACACCCUCAUGCUCAUGUUGCCAUCUGCCUGGCUACCUACUGUAUUUAGCCAUUGUGCUUGAGCUCCAAAAGUAUUGGGACAGUAAAUUGUUUUUCUUUGUUUUGGCUCUGUAAAACAUCACUUUGGAUUUGAAAUGAUACAGUAACUGAGGUUAGUCAUCUUUAAUUUGAUGGUAUUUUCAUCCAUAUCGGGUGAACCGUUUAGAAAUUACAGCACACACACAUUUUUAGGGGAUCAAAAGUAUUGGAACUAAUUCACUUGUGUAUUAAAGUAGUCUCAAGUUUAUUUAGUCCCAUAUUAAUAGCACGCAAUGAUUACAUCAAGCUUUAGACCACAAACUUGUUGGAUGCAUUUGCUGUUUGUUUUGGUUGUGUUUCAGAUUAUUUUGUGCCCAAUAGAAAUGAAUGCUAAAUAAUGCAUUGUCAUUUUGGAGUCACUUUUAUUGUAAAUAAGAAUAGGAUAUUUCCAAACACUUCUACAUUGAUGUGGACGUUACCAUGAUUACGGAUAAUUCUGAAUGAGUGUGAAAGUUAGACGCACAUAUCAUUUACCCCCCCUCCAAAAAAUGCUAAACACCCCUGAUAUUAAAAUUAUUAUUUGUGCAUCUAACUUUCUCACUCUUCAUUAUUCACAUUUCAUUCAGGAAUAUCCAUAAUCGGGGUAGCAUCCACACUAAUGUCCCAUGUUUCAUGAGCUGAAAUAUAAAUCCCAGAAAUGUUCCAUACGCACAAAAAGCUUAUUUCUCUCAAAUUUGGACCACAAACCUGUUUGCAUCCCUGUUAGUGAGCAUUUCUCCUUUACCAAGAUAAUCCAUCCACCUGAGAGGUGUAAUCACACGAGCCCAGGACCUCCACAUCCGGCUUCUUCUCCUGCAGGAUUGUCUGUAAUAAAGGCCUUUGUAGGAAAAAGCAAAUACUUGUUGGCUGAGCAUGGCUCCCAAGUGGGUGGGCCUACACCCUCCCAGGCCCAUCCAUGGCUGCGCCCAGUCAUGUGAAAUCCAUAAAUAAAUGCCUAAUGAAUUUAUUUCAAUUUACUGAUUUCCUUAUAUGAACUGUAACUCAGUAAAAUCUUUGAAAUUGUUUUGUGUUAUUUUUGUUCAGUAUAGAAGUGUUUAGAAACGGUCAAUUCUUAUUUACAAUCAAAUGUAUUCUAAAAUGACACUACAUGAUUUACCAUUCAUUUCUAUUGGGCACAAAAUUCUGAAACAUAACCAAAACAAACAGUAAAAACAUCCAACAAGUUUGUAGAUUCACAAGCUUGAUUUAAUCAUUGCGCGCUAGGAAUAUGGGAGCACAUACUAAACUUUUGACUACUUUAAUACACGUGAAUUUGUCCCAAUAGUUUUGGUCCCCUAAAAUGGGUGGACUAUGCACAGAAAGUGCUGUAAUUUCUAAAUGGUUCACCCGAUAUUGAUGGAAAUACCCUAAAAUUAAAGCUGACAGUCUGCACUUUAACCUCAGUCAUUGUAUCAUUUCUGGAGUACAGAGCCACAACAAGAUGCUGUGGAGAGAUUCAUUCAGAGAAGCUUGACUUCCAAUUCUAUUCCCAGGCCCUGUAAAACCACAAUAACAAAAAGUCUAAGCUUCUGAAAGGGCGAAGAUCAUGAGUUGCUUUUCAGUUACUCUCAACAAAACAGUUUCACUUUUCAUCGUCCCAACAUGCUUGAUCAUGCAUGGCAUUACUGGCCUUCUGGCAAAGUAUUGUUCACAAGUAGACUACUGUUAAUUGUACAGUAUUUACCUGAAUUGUAGACUAUUUUUACAUUUGUGGGAAGUGUUGGUCAUGGUGUCUAUUUCCAGUCUGCUGUUUGGUUGAAUGUCUAUAAUAGUUUAUUUCAAUCAUUGAAAACAUUAAGCUUGUCUUGACACUAACCCAUU